AUGCGCAGGAACAGCUGCGCAGGAACAGCUGCGCAGGAACAGCUGCGCAGGAACAGGUGCGCAAAAACAGGUGCGCAGGAACAGGUGCGCAGGAACAGCUGCGCAGGAACAGCUGCGCAGGAACAGCUGCGCAGGAACAGCUGCGCAGGAACAGCUGCGCAGGAACAGCUGCGCAGGAACAGCUGCGCAGGAACAGCUGCGCAGAAACAGCUGCGCAGAAACAGCUGCGCAGAAACAGCUGCGCAGAAACAGCUUCGCAGAAACAGCUGCGCUGGAACGGCUGCGCAGAAACGGCUGCGCAGAAACGGCUGCGCAGAAACGGCUGCGCAGAAACGGCUGCGCAGAAACGGCUGCGCAGAAACGGCUGCGCAGAAACGGCUGCGCAGAAACGGCUGCGCAGAAAAGGCUGCGCAGAAACGGCUGCGCAGAAACGCUGCGCAGAAACAGCUGCGCAGAAACAGCUGCGCAGAAGCAGCUGCGCAGAAGCAGCUGCGCAGAAGCAGCUGCGCAGAGGCAGCUGCGCAGAGGCAGCUGCGCAGAAGCAGCUGCGCAGAAGCAGCUGCGCAGAAGCAGCUGCGCAGAAGCAGCUGCGCAGAAGCAGCUGCGCAGAAGCAGCUGCGCAGAAGCAGCUGCGCAGAAACAGCUGCGCAGAAACAGCUGCGCAGAUACAGCUGCGCAGAUACAGCUGCGCAGAAACAGCUGCGCAGAAACAGCUGCGCAGAAACAGCUGCGCAGAAACAGCUGCGCAGAAACAGCUGCGCAGGAACAGCUGCGCAGGAACAGCUGCGCAGGAACAGCUGCGCAGGAACAGCUGCGCAGGAACAGCUGCGCAGGAACAGCUGCGCAGGAACAGCUGCGCAGGAACAGCUGCGCAGGAACAGCUGCGCAGGAACAGCUGCGCAGGAACAGCUGCGCAGAAACAGCUGCGCAGGAACAGCUGCGCAGGAACAGCUGCGCAGGAACAGCUGCGCAGGAACAGCUGCGCAGGAACAGCUGCGCAGGAACAGCUGCGCAGGAACAGCUGCGCAGGAACAGCUGCGCAGGAACAGCUGCACAGAAACAGCUGCGCAGGAACAGCUGCGCAGAAACAGCUGCGCAGGAACAGCAGCGCAGGAACAGCUGCGCAGGAACAGCUGCGCAGGAACAGCUGCGCAGAAACAGCUGCGCAGAAACAGCUGCGCAGGAACAGCUGCGCAGAAACAGCUGCGCAGAAACAGCUGCGCAGGAACAGCUGCACAGAAACAGCUGCGCAGGAACAGCUGCGCAGAAACAGCUGCGCAGAAACAGCUGCGCAGAAACAGCUGCACAGAAACAGCUUCGCAGAAACAGCUGCGCAGGAACAGCUGCGCAGAAACACUCUAUAGCCUCCGGUUACAGGAGCGUACCUCCAUGUUCAAUGAUUUUUGGGCAGUUGAACAUGUAAAGUUGAAUCCCGUACGCGCGUGCUGCGCGGAGACGGCUGCGCAGAAGCGGCUGCGCGGAAGCGGCUGCGCGGAAGCGGCUGCGCGGAAACGGCUGCGCGGAAACGGCUGCGCGGAAACGGCUGCGCGGAAACGGCUGCGCGGGAACAGGUGCGGGGGAACAGGUGCGGGGGAACAGGUGCGCAGGAACAGCUGCGCAGGAACAGCUGCGCAGGAACAGCUGCGCAGGAACAGGUGCGCAGGAACAGGUGCGCAAAAACAGGUGCGCAGGAACAGCUGCGCAGGAACAGCUGCGCAGGAACAGCUGCGCAGGAACAGCUGCGCAGGAACAGCUGCGCAGGAACAGCUGCGCAGGAACAGCUGCGCAGGAACAGCUGCGCAGGAACAGCUGCGCAGGAACAGCUGCGCAGGAACAGCUGCGCAGGAACAGCUGCGCAGAAACAGCUGCGCAGAAACAGCAGCGCAGAAACAGCCGCGCAGAAACAGCCGCGCAGAAACAGCCUCGCAGAAACAGCCUCGCAGAAACAGCCGCGCAGAAACAGCCGCGCAGAAACAGCCGCGCAGCAACAGCCGCGCAGGAACAGCCGCGCAGCAACAGCCGCGCAGGAACAGCCGCGCAGGAACAGCCGCGCAGGAACAGCCGCGCAGGAACAGCCGCGCAGAAACAGCCGCGCAGAAACAGCUGCGCAGGAACAGCUGCGCAGGAACAGCUGCGCAGGAUCAGCUGCGCAGAAACAGCUGCGCAGGAACAGCUGCGCAGGAACAGCUGCGCAGAAACAGCUGCACAGAAACAGCUGCGCAGAAACAGCUGCGCAGAAACAGCUGCGCAGGAACAGCUGCGCAGAAACAGCUGCGCAGAAACAGCUGCGCAGAAACAGCUGCGCAGAAACAGCUGCGCAGAAACAGCUGCGCAGAAACAGCUGCGCAGAAACAGCUUCGCAGAAACAGCUGCGCAGAAACAGCUGCGCAGAAACAGCUGCGCAGAAACAGCUGCGCAGGAACAGCUGCGCAGAAACAGCUGCGCAGAAACAGCUGCGCAGAAACAGCUGCGCAGGAACAGCUGCGCAGAAACAGCUGCGCAGAAACAGCUGCGCAGGAACAGCUGCGCAGAAACGGCUGCGCAGAAACAGCUGCGCAGAAACAGCUGCGCAGAAACAGCUUCGCAGAAACAGCUGCGCAGGAACAGCUGCGCAGAAACAGCUGCGCAGAAGCAGCUGCGCAGAAACAGCUGCGCAGAAACAGCUGCGCAGAAACAGCUGCGCAGAAACAGCUGCGCAGAAACAGCUGCGCAGAAACAGCUGCGCAGGAACAGCUGCGCAGGAACAGCUGCGCAGGAGCUGCUGCGCAGGAACAGCUGUGCAGGAGCAGCUGCGCAGGAACAGCUGCGCAGGAACAGCUGCGCAGGAACAGCUGCGCAGGAACAGCUGCGCAGGAACAGCUGCGCAGGAACAGCUGCGCAGGAACAGGUGCGCAGGAACAGGUGCGCAGGAACAGCUGCGCAGGAACAGCUGCGCAGGAACAGGUGCGCACGAACAGCUGCGCAGGAACAGGUGCGCAGGAACAGGUGCGCAGGAACAGGUGCGCAGGAACAGCUGCGCAGGAACAGGUGCGCAGGAACAGCUGCGCAGGAACAGCUGCGCAGGAACAGCUGCGCAGGGACAGCUGCGCAGGAACAGGUGCGCAGGAACAGGUGCGCAGGAACAGCUGCGCAGUAACAGCUGCGCAGAAACAGCUGCGCAGUAACAGCCGCGCAGAAACAGCUGCGCAGAAACAGCUGCGCAGAAACAGCUGCGCAGAAACAGCUGCGCAGAAACAGCUGCGCAGAAACAGCUGCGCAGAAACAGCUGCGCAGAGACAGCUGCGCAGAGACAGCUGCGCAGAGACAGCUGCGCAGAGACAGCUGCGCAGAAACAGCUGCGCAGAAACAGCUGCGCAGAAACAGCUGCGCAGAAACAGCUGCGCAGAAACAGCUGCGCAGAAACAGCUGCGCAGAAACAGCUGCGCAGAAACAGCUGCGCAGAAACAGCUGCGCAGAAACAGCUGCGCAGAAACAGCGGCGCAGAAACACUCUAUAGCCUCCGGUUACAGGAGCGUACCUCCAUGUUCAAUGUUUUUUGGGCAGUUGAACAUUGAAGUCUCAUCAGAAAAUCAGAAACAGCUGCGCGGAGACGGCUGCGCAGAAGCGGCUGCGCGGAAGCGGCUGCGCGGAAACGGCUGCGCGGAAACGGCUGCGCGGAAACGGCUGCGCGGGAACGGCUGCGCGGGAACAGGUGCGCGGGAACAGGUGCGCGGGAACAGGUGCGCGGGAACAGCUGCGCAGGAACAGCUGCGCAGGAACAGGUGCGCAGGAACAGGUGCGCAGGAACAGGUGCGCAGGAACAGGUGCGCAGGAACAGGUGCGCAGGAACAGCUGCGCAGGAACAGCUGCGCAGGAACAGGUGCGCAGGAACAGCUGCGCAGGAACAGCUGCGCAGGAACAGCUGCGCAGGAACAGCUGCGCAGAAACAGCUGCGCAGAAACAGCCGCGCAGAAACAGCCUCGCAGAAACAGCCUCGCAGAAACAGCCGCGCAGAAUCAGCCGCGCAGAAACAGCCGCGCAGGAACAGCCGCGCAGGAACAGCCGCGCAGGAACAGCUGCACAGGAACAGCUGCGCAGGAACAGCUGCGCAGGAACAGCUGCGCAGGAACAGCUGCGCAGGAACAGCUGCGCAGGAACAGCUGCGCAGAAACAGCGGCGCAGAAACAGCGGCGCAGAAACACUCUAUAG